AUAACUACGCAUAGUGUCUUGUACAUUGAAUUAAUGCACUCAGGGCGCAGGGUUGCCUCCUCCAAUAUGGCGCCCACGCAGGCGCGUCCCUCAAUGCGGCAUCUAUGUAUGAGAUAUCUAUGGUAGGCAGUGGGUAGGCUCUCUAUAAACCAUCUGUGGUUGAACUGCGCAUGAGUGGCCAAAACUACGGUGUUACUAUUGGCAACUGGUAACACGCGCACCAGCGGCUUUUUAGCGCAACGGUUAGCUAACCUAGCUAACUAACAAACACUCAGCGCUGCGGUAAUUUUAACGCAUAUCGUUGUUUUAGCUUUCGCAGCUGAAAAGUGGAGAAUAAAGAACUGCUGGUGAGCGAAAACUCAAUAAAAAAAGGCCAGGUGGAGGGACGUCCAUUUUUUUUUUGCUUAAAAAUGGAUGCAACAACCAAACCUUUGAGGAUUCCUCCUGACAUGGCCACAUAUGCAGAGAAGCAUGACAUAUUUGAACUUUUUCAGACACUUGUGAGAAGCCUUGUGGUAGACAAGCCUGCAGAUCCUAUUCAAUACCUGAUAGAUAUGCUGAAGAGGGAAAACACAGAUGUGCCAAGGGUUAUGCUGUUGGGGCCACCAGCUUCAGGAAAAAGAACCAUAGCUAAAAAGUUAUGUGAGCAGAUUGGUACCAUCCACAUCACCGCGAGUAAUAUCCUCAAGGAUGACUCUGACUUGUCUAGGGCGGCACUGGAAUACACAGAGAAGAAUCAGGAAAUCCCUCAAGACCUUUGGAUCAAGCUGAUUCAGCAGCGUCUUUCAAAGGCUGACUGUGUGAGACGGGGCUGGGUGCUUGAAGCCAUCCCCAAGACCAGAGAGGAGGCUCUGUGUCUGCAGGAGGCUGGCAUUGCUCCAGAGCAUGUUGUGAUGCUACAGGCGCCCGAGUCGGUCUUGAUUGAAAGGAGCCUGGGCAAGAGAAUAGACCCCGUCACAGGAGAUGUGUAUCAUGUUGCCUUCAUGCGCCCUGAGAGUGCAGAGGUGGCUCAGCGCCUCGAGCGACCACAGAGCCUGAUCUCUGAGGAUGUAAUAUACCGUCAGCUGCAGGGAUUCCACAGGGAAGCCCACGCUCUGCAGCGCACCUACAAGAACUGCCUGAAGAUCGUAGAUGCUGACCAGGCCCACGUUGAUGUUUUUGCACAGGUGUUGACCUUCAUUCUGUCCAGACAUCGCUCUUCUGCUCCUUACACUCCCAGAAUCCUCCUGUUAGGACCUCCAGGAUCUGGGAGAAGUCUGCAGGCUAGAUUCAUUGCUCAGAAGUAUGGUCUAGUCAACAUUUGUUGUGGCGAGCUUCUGAAGGCAGUGGCAGCGGAUGAGAGCAGUAUGGGAGAGCUCAUUAAACCCUUCCUGGAGUCAGGACGGCGAGUGCCAGACAGCAUGGUCCUGCAGAUUCUGACUGAGCGUCUGAGCAGACUGGACUGUACCACGCGAGGCUGGGUCCUGCACGGCUUCCCCCAAGAUUUGGAGCAGGCUGAGGCACUGCAGGAGUCCAAGUUCAGCCCAAACAGAGUCGUCUUUCUGGAGAUGACUGAUGGUGUUGCAGUUGAGGGGCUGACUCUCGGAGCUAUUGAUCCUGUGACUGGAGAAAGGUACCACUCACUGCACAAUCAGCUGCAACAUAGGCUCCGGGAAUCAGAGGCCGAGGUGCAGAAGAAACUGCAGCAGUACUGGAGACACGUGGAAGCCCUGCAGGCCUUCUACCCACAGGCUGUGAGGGUCCGAGCUGACCAGGAUCCACACACUGUGUUCGAGUGUCUGGAGAGCACGCUGGUGGAUCGACUUCCCAAAGUACUGCCUGACAGAGCCUGAGCAUGGGAUGUUUUAUUGCAUGGCAUUAUCAAAAUGCCUUGUAUCUAUAAAGCUUUACAAGUAAAAAAAAGAACUUUCUUAUCUUUUAAUGGACAUCAGUGGAAAAAUAUUUAAUUCCACUAAUAAAUCUGUCUGUCAUGAAAUUUGGUCACAAUGUAAAAAGCACAUGGCAAGAUUCACAUCAGAUUAAAAAAAUGACAUACAAGGGUUAUGUAUGACAGUGAUGAUAUAGUAACAAUUUUUUUAUAGGAACAAAAUUAUAAAAUUAUCUAAGGAAUACUGCAGAGCUGCACUUUGUGUAGCAUUUAUCAUAGACAAAGUUCAAUGACUGUAUUGUAUGUAGAUAAAAAAGAAACUAAACUGUUGAGACUAUUUUCCAUCAGAAUAGAACAUUAACCAGCCAUUUAAACACUUCCAGAAGUUUAGCACCACCCACUACAUUAAAAAACAGCUACGAACAGCUACGACAUUAGAGUCUGGGAGUACUAGAGCCAACGAGUCAAAGUAAAAACUAAUUUAUAUUUAUUUUAUGUGAUUUAGAACACUUUUAUCAUGUUAACCUUACUGUUUAUGGAUUAUUUGUGAAGUAAGAAGGUCAAUAUCAAAUCUAUAAAAAACAGUUACACAGGCAUCCAAUGCAAUACACAUUAAAACAUUUUUAAUAAAAUAUUUUAGUUAAUUGGA